CAAGAUCUCUCUCACUAAAUUUUGUGCAAUAAUGUUUGAGUUUCUUGCAUUCACCUUCAGGAAUAUCAGAAAAAGAGACCGGGGGAGUCUGUCUCCUCCCUCACUCCAAAGCUUUCUGGCCAGUCCUAGCAAGGAUGUCAGGGUGGAAUGUGACCUUCAACAUCUCUUACACCACCUUCUUCUUAUUGGGAUUCCCAGGACUGAAGGAAUCACGGUCCCUUAUGGUUCUCCCAUUUUUCUGUCUCUAUAUGGUGAUCCUCUCAACCAAUGGCCUAAUCAUCUAUACUGUGACCACCCAAAAGAGCCUGCACCAACCCAUGUAUGCACUCAUUAGCUUACUCCUGGCCAUCAACAUCUGCACUGCCACUACUGUGGUCCCUGCCAUGCUCUUCAGUUUUUCCACUCACUUCAAUCACAUCUCUUUGGCUUGUUGCCUUAUCCAGAUGUUCUUCAUCUACUUUCUACUAGCUUUUGAUUGCAACAUCCUUCUGGUCAUGGCUCUGGACCGUUAUGUUGCCAUCUGUUACCCACUGCGCUAUCCAGAGAUCAUGACAGGUCAGGUACUGUUAGGACUAGUAGGGGUGGCUGCCACUCGGAGUGUGGGCAUCGUGGCCCCUGUGGUGGUUCUGGCCUCAAGAGUUCACUUUUGCCGCUCCAAUGUGAUCCAUCACUUUACCUGUGAGCACAUGGCCUUAAUGAAGCUGUCCUGUGGAGACAUCUCACUGAAUAAGACUGUAGGACUUGCUCUACGUGUCUUCAAUAGGAUCCUGGACCUGCUUCUCCUGGGAACUUCCUACACACGCAUCACUCAUGCUGCCCUCAGGAUCUCUUCAGGUGGUGCCCGCUCAAAGGCCCUGCACACUUGUGGAUCUCACCUACUUGUAAUCUUCACUGUUUAUGGCUCUACUCUGUCCUCUUCAAUUGUGUAUCGUGUGGUCCGUGCUGCCUCUCAGGAUGUACACAACUUGAUCAGUGCUUUCUACUUGCUGAUUCCAUGCCUUGUCAACCCUGUCAUCUAUGGGGCCAGAACCAAGGAGAUCCGGCAACACUUAGCAAAGUUGUUCCAGCGGGCAGAGCCAUGA